CCAGUGCUGUGCAACUAGAGCCCUACUGCUUCUUACAACCAAGUGAGCUCAGCGGUACCCCAGCUGCCCGCCCCGCCGGUUUCCUGUACCACCACGUUCUGUUAGCUUUGAGCUAAGAUGGAGCUCCUUAGCAUUCUGAUUCCCCUGCUCCAGUUCUCGCUGGCUGUGGCCGUCCUGGCGCAGUCCGCGGUUGCGCUGUCCGUCCUGGAGGGCGGCAUGCUUACUUUGGUGAUGGCGCUCUGCGUUUGCGCUGUGUCCAAGUGCCCUGGGCAUGAGGAUUCUGACUGCGAGGACCGACUUGUCUCCGAGGAUGACCGGCCCUCAAGCCCGGCGUCUUCUAUCGGCGACAAGAUGGACAUGCACAUCGCCGACCGCGACGGCUUUCCGCCUGCUGACAACGAGCCCAAGCCCAACCUGCUGUGCGCUGCUGAGACUCCUCUGGGCUCGCCGAUGGCUGAUGGCUCCCUGAAGCCUGCUGUCACCGCCCCGGCCUGCGACACCAACCCCGCCUGCCCGAAGCCCGACGCCCUCGACGGUUCCGACACCGACGCCCUCGACUUCACCAUUUGCUCCUGCCUGCACGCGAGCGGCUGCCCCCUGGUCAUCAUCGACCACUCCGCCGACGAUAUUGCCCCUUACAAGCCCGCUGGCUCUGGCGCGUACCGCCUGAUGUUCCAGACAUUCACGAAGCACUGGGCCGGCGUGCAGCAGGCCUGGGACACCAUUCAGGCUCUGAAGGCUCGGGCCACGGACCGCCUACAGCAGGCACUGCGCUGCCGUUUCGACAUGACCCAGAUUGGAUCUGAUCUGGUGCUCGAGUACCUGGCUCAGACGGUGUGCGAGCUUGAGACCCAGGCUGUGUGGGACCUGCAGGAGGCCGGCCAGUGGGAGGUGGAAUGGCAGGUCCGCCUGCAGGCCAUGCAGCUGGCGGUGCGUGAGGCAAAGGCCGUGGCCGAGCACGGCUGGCUGGAGAGUGUGGUCUCCGUGCCUGGCUUCGUGGUGUGAAGGCCCUGUGCGGCCGGCCGGCGAGGCGAUGGACUGACCUAUCAAAAAAUCGGUGUUUUUCAACACCACCCUAAAUGGCAUCCUGGUUUUGAGCUCGGGGUUGGAUGGGAACAGGCAACGGACUGCAAUCCGUGCAGGCGGCAAGCAAUGACGUACGGUACGGUACAGGCCAGGUCAAAUCGACAAGGAGUUUCAGUACAGGACCGCUGAUGGCACGGAGUGAUAGUGCUUGUCUUGAGGAGUCGAUUGACGCCACUUUGGUAUAAGAUGGAGGGGUUUUAACCCCUACACACCAAGGUUUGUCCGUGUGUGUGUGGGUGUGUGGGUGUUGGGGGGGGGGGGUCGGUCGUCCCCUCUAGGAGUGUCCCGAGGGUUUCGAGGCAUGGGGUUGACGAGUGUUGCGGAACUAAUGCGUACGUAGACCAGAGCGGAAGGCGGAGUGGGCUUGCAGGCGGCACGAGAGUAGGCAGUCAGUAGCGCAAGUUGCGAAUUCACAUGUUACCUCGUAACCGACGGUAAACGCUGUGGACGGUCGCGCCCAUGGCUGGCUGACGGAAGGUGGCUGCUGUAUUGGGAUGGCUGGGCUGGACGACGCCGGCCGGGCUGGCGUUGGGACUACCAGAAAGGAUGCGCCCGAAACCAACCUGGAGAACACCAGCGCCACCGGUGCCCAGCACGACAUGUAAGGGAGGGAUGAGGGAGGGACAGGAGGCGUGAUGCACUGCAGCGUAGAAGCUAUGGCGCUAGGCGCGAGGCAAGCAACGUCAACCCCUAAACAACCGCGAGGACAUGGUGCGCAAGCCGGGCUGCAGGCUGUGGCUGUUAUGGCUGCGCGCUGCGCGGGGUGACUAAACGAAGAACACUAAGUACGGGGACGUGAUGGAUGCGGUUAAAUAAAUGAGCAAGG